GAUUGGCAAAAGGUUUGGACCGACUACAAAUUGAAAAUUAAAAAUAAACUGGCUCAUAACAAACGUGAAGUCAACGCCACUGGUGGUGGGCCAAAUUCAAUGAAAAUUUUGUCCCCUACGGAAGAGACAGUCGUAAAACUGUUGUCUCUGGACAAAAUGGUAAACCACUCCGUUCCAGCAUUUGGAUUACCGCGUCAAGUAGGAUCUGCGCAGACUUCUCAGGAUACUGACCAGCUUCAUCACAUUUCGUCCCCGCCAGGAUCUCCGCUGCUGUCAAGUACAUUGGCAGACGAGAACGAACCAAUCGACGAGAUAAUUAGGGAGGAGCGGGAGAAUGAGGCCAGCAACCAGCAAAAUGCCAGCAGCUCUCGCAGUUCAAAACGCAAGCAUGGGGCGAUGAACGAUGUUCGUGAAGAGUUAGGGGGAGAUCCCCCAGUGCCGGACAGCACCCAAUACCGGACAAAGUCGAAACAUUGAGAAAUCAUGGUCCAAUCAAGAUGGUGUAUUAGUAGAAAAGUAAGCUCUUAUGUAGAAUAGUGUUUGCGUAGAGUAACACAUCCUUGAAAUAUGCAUGCCUUUUUAAAAAAGUAGAAAAGUUUGAAAAUCUUUAAAAAAUUGACGUUUC